GUCAGGCCGGCUCGGCGGCUGAACGCGUGAUGAUUGGCGCGCGAUAAACGAACUUAUUCGAAUUUCAAAUCGAUCUGACAUUUGAACGUUGACAACAAUAUUUUUUGAUGGAUGUUUUGUGGUGUUUUAUAUAUUUUAACGAUGAAUUGUGAAGUGAUGUGUGAUGUUUUGAUGUGUGUUGGGCGAUGCUAGUGGGUGAGCAUACGCCGGCACCGCGGGUGGUGGCCGGCUUGCGAAAACUACGGCCCGAGCUGACUCCGGGCCCCGUGCCCACGCCAGCUGAUCCCAGUAUUAGAGUUUCAGGUGUUCUCCGCCAGUAUUACAACGACGAUGAUGUAUCCUGGGCGUGGGUUCGCGCCGCCGUCCGCGGCGGUUGUCUGCUCGCGUGGCGGGACGGGACGCUGCCCCGGCGGCCGGCAGCGCGGCUCCCGCUGCGUCACCUCCACCUGCGAGCCGCGAAGCUGCCCAACGCUUUCCAGCUGUCGCGGCUACGGGAUGACACUUCGGUCGCAACGUUUCAGGCUUGUAACGCGACGGAAUACGCCCGGUGGGUGCGAGCGCUCUGUGUCGAGAUCCUCGGCCAGACACCCCUCCCUCAAGUGAGAUUCCUCGAUGUCCUGUCCGCUACGGACACCCGCAGCCGAGAACCAAAGAAAGAGGCCUCGGAUACGGCCUCCUGCCCGCCCCGGCCUCCGCCCAGGGCGAGGAGAAGGCUGAUCACGGCUCCCGAGACCUUCGUUCCCCGAAGAGACCACUCCCCGGCCGCCACGGACGAGGGCAUCGUCGUAGAAGACGACGACUAUGAUUCAUCGUCCGACCGCAGCCUGGAUCUCUCCCUGGACGCCCUGAAAAGCAUUGACGCGGUCGACGCUCCGCGUAAGGCCGAGAUAGUUAAGUGCGACAACUGCAGCAAGCUCAACUCUAGUCCUCAGCACCACACGCUGCCACGAGCUGCUAGGAGUGAAUCCGUGCUUGGACCACACCGGUACCUGAAGCGCUGGGAGGGUUCAGGGAGGUCUGAUAGAAGCAGAUACGCGAUAGAAGCGGCGAAGCGGAAGGCGGUCUCCCUCGAGAGUCGGGCUCGGUCGUGUUCGCCGAGCGCGCAUGAGGUGGUCUCUCAGUAUAUACCCGUGCGGGAGAGGCGAGCGCUGUUCGAGUCGCUGUCCCAGAGCGGGGGCAGCUUGGCCCGAAGCAGCGAGCAGCUGUCGCGGCCUGUUGAGGCUGAGGCGACGCCGAGGCGGGCAGCUUCUCUACACGAUCUGCAGGCGCCUCCAACGCGCUCUGUCAGCGAUCUAAGGCAGUUCUUCGAGGCAGUCGCGCGAGGAUCCGCCUGCUCCACUCUCCAACGGGAGGUGCUGCCGCCCAGCCCCGUGCUCAUUCUGCCUCCCUACACUUCGCUCACUUGCGCCUGAUCUUUUUUUUUGUAAAUAUGUAAAUAUGGCGUUGACCGCUCCUCCCCAAGUCGCUUGUUUUAAGACUGUUAAAAAUAUUGUUUUAUAGUAUAACUAAUAUAA